AUGAGUAGUAGGUAUGCCUCUCACGCCGCGAGAAGGAAAAAGCUGCCCCGCCGGGCCAAUGCUCAUUGCAGAUUUCAGGCCCCGGCGGGACGGCCUUCGAAUUAAGGCUGGGUAACAGCCAUGGUACAGUCAAGGGCAUCGAGAUUGCGGGCCUCCAAAACAUUCGAGAACUCCUCUUUGCCGACGACGCUUGCUGCGCACUCCACAACCUCUCGGACCUCGACCACCUCAAUCGGGCGAUCGAGCUUUACGAACGGGCAAGUGCCAGCAAGCUCAGCAACGCCAAAUCUUUUCUCUACCCCCUUGGAGCUUAUCGGGAUCGGCCGAUCGCCCCAGAUCUCGGGACCUGGCGUCUCAGCGAUUCGCAGUUUCGCUACCUUGGUAUUCAGGUCGGGGUGGAGAUCGCCGAGGAUGCGGGCUGGGAAGAUGUCAAGGCCUCGACCAUCGCUCGGAUACGCUCAAUUCCGAUGUACGAUCUCCCAUAUGCAGCCAAGUGUUCGAUCAUCAACAUCUACUGCUACACAAAGAUCCUGUACUACAGCCGAUUCCUCCCCGCCCCCAAGAGCGUUGUCAAGGAGAUCGAGGAUGCGGCCAUGCUCGCCAUUCACGGUCGAGCGUCGGAUGGUACUCAGCGACGUCCGAAGGUCUCCCGGUCGCGCCUCUGCACCCCUCUCGAUCACGGCGGCUUCGGCUUGAUUGAUCUGCCUCGGCGUCUAGCGAUCGAUCACGCGAAGUGGGUCUUCCAGCUCCGGGCCCCGGACGGCUGCUUCACACGCCACCUCUUCGACAUCCGCAUUCGCCUCCAGGCACCGAACGAACCAACCCCUUUCACCUUGUCCAGACCGGCCCCCAACCAGCAUCGUCGCCCUUGGAUCUGGAUCUGGUGGGCAUACUUUUGCCAUCCUCCCCCGAAGUGGGACCAUGCGGUGAGAAAGACGAGAAAACUACUUCCUGCACGUUGGGUCCGAUACUUCGAAGCCUGGGCGUCGGUGACCACGCUCAAUCCCCCGAAACUCUCCAAGAGCCAGAACCUCGAGCAAUGGGCGACGCACGUACUCUACUUCCCAGCGGGCCACGGAAUACAACUCUCGGUAAACCCGACGCUUUUUCGAGGGCCCGAUGGCGAGGUGAUGACCCCGUCUUCGUUUGUGAACGCGUCCAAACGCCACCAAGCCUUCAUUUUCCCUCCUAUCUUCCCCAAGGGACACCAGAAGGUAUUCGAUCUGCCUGAGCAACGUUGGAACGCUUGGUGGAAGGCUUUGCGCAAGGUUCGCCGGGUUCACUCGGACGCAGAGGAUACCGGCCACCUUCUCUCCCUGGGGUCCCUCCAUCCGGGCAGCCAAGUCGCCUCCCCAAGUCGCCUCCCCAACCAGCCCUCACCCCAACAAUCGAUCGGCCUCCUGUGUGAUGUGCCUCUCGGAAGCACCCGAGUGCCUGGCCCACCUCGCGGUCGGCUGCCCAUUUGCCCGGCGUCUCUGGUCUGCUCUGUCCCCGACCCCCCACCCAGUCUUUGUGGACUUUGUAUGUCCGGUCGUGUCUCGCUCGGAACGUCGCCUUGACGAACUACGAAUCCUCUUCUUUCACUCGAUCUGGAAGCUCUGUCGCCGUCGCCGAUUCUCGUCGGAUCUUUUGGAACCGAUCACCGAAACGGACUUCGAGGGGCUUCGAGCCUCUAUUCAGGAGUCCAAGGGUCGCCUAGUGUCUCUGUAA